CGACUCUGUCCUUGUCACGCUCGUCUCCAAGCCCAGACGAGAGCUGCCAUACCGUCGUCGUCAAGAUGCCCAAAGCCAGAUCCAGAGUGCCCGUCAAGGUGAACGUGGGGACGUCCGCCGACCCCAUCGUCACCCGCCUCGUGCAGGAGGACAAGAUCCCAUGGUACAAGAAGCCGAACCUGCGGCGCAUGUACAUCUUCCUCUUCCUGUGCUGCAUGGGCGUUGAGAUGACCUCGGGUUUCGACUCGCAGCUUAUCAACACGCUCCAGUACGCAGAGACCUUCCACAAGUACCUGGGUAACGGCCGCAAGGAUGAGGACGGAAACUACGCCAUCGAGCCCGGUCUUCUCGGCUUCGUCAACUCGUGCUACCAGCUCGGAUCCAUCUUCGCCGUCCCGAUCGCGCCCUGGUUCGCCCAGCGCUUUGGUCGGCGGUGGUCCAUCAUGCUCGGAUCCCUGAUCAUGGUCGGCGGUGCCAUCAUCCAGGGCUUCGCGCAACAUGUUGCCAUGUACAUCAUCGCCCGCAUGAUCCUCGGCAUGGGCAUCUUGUUCUGCAUCAUCUCGGGCGCCGCCCUGAUCGGCGAGCUCGGCCACCCCAAGGAGCGUGCCGUGCUGACCUCGCUCUUCAACUCGUCCUACUUCAUCGGCCAGAUUCUCGCGUCCGCCAUCACGAUCGGAACGACCGAGAUGAAGACGAACUGGGCCUGGCGCCUCCCGUCCCUGCUCCAGAUCUGCCCCUCGCUGCUGCAGAUCGUCACCGUCUUCUUCCUGCCCGAGUCGCCGCGUUUCCUCAUCUCCAAGGACCGGGACGACGACGCCAAGGAGGUGCUCAUCAAGUACCACGCCGAGGGCGACGCCAGCUCGCUCCUCGUCCAGGCCGAGAUCGUGCAGAUCCGCGAGACCAUCCGGACGGAGAUGGAGGUGUCGAACCAGAGCUGGAUGGAGCUCGUGAGCACGUACGGCAUGCGCCGCCGCCUCGUCAUCACCCUCUUCAUCGGUCUCUUCACCCAGCUCUCGGGCAACACCCUGCUCUCGUACUACUCGGGCAAGCUGUUCGAGAUGAUGGGCUACACCGAGGCCUCGGUCAAGACGCGCAUCAACGUGGCCAACGCGUGCUGGAGUCUGCUCAACGCCACCACCAUCGCCUUCCUGGUCCCCUACUUCAAGCGCCGCCACAUGUUCAUGACCUCGGCCCUGUCCAUGUGCGCCGUCUUCAUCGCCAUCACCGUCUCGCUCGAGCGCACCCAGGCGGCCCAGGACGCCGGCUUCAAGAACACGGCCGCCGGCAUCUCGGGCCUCUUCUGGUACUUCGCCUUCGCCCCCUGCUACAACAUGGGCAACAACGCCCUCACCUACACCUACCUGGUCGAGCUGUGGCCCUACUCGCACCGCAGCCGUGGCAUCGGCGUCCAGCAGAUCUUUGGCAAGCUCGGCGGCUUCUUCUCCACAAACGUCAACUCCAUCGCCCUCGACGCCAUCCGCUGGAAGUACAUGGCCAUCUACUGCGGCUGGAUCUUCUUUGAGUUCCUCAUCGUCUUCUUCCUCUACCCCGAGACCAGCGGCCGCACCCUGGAGGAGCUGGCUUUCCUGUUCGAGGAUGCCAGCCUCAACGAGAAGGCCGCCGCCGCCGUCGAGAAGCAGAUCCAUUACGGGGACGAGAAGGUCGUGCACGAGGAGGGACAGCCGGCUGCCAAGAGCGUCGUCUAA